AAGGAAGGAAGGAAGGAAGGAAGGAAGGAGAAGUUGACUAUGUUUUGCCCCAACACCACCUGACUGCAGCAUUCCACUUAAGACUUGGAAUGAAGAUGACAGAAUGCAGGGAUGGAACAAUUCUCCUGAUGCCAUGGUGACCACAGAUAAGUUAGAGGUGUUGAAGGAGUAGGGUUGCAUAUGGGGGACUACUGGCAAGGUGCGCCUAUUAACACCUCUGAGGCCAGGGGGGAGCCAGAAAAAAAGUUGGAUGAUGCUCUUUUGGACCCUCCACGUGCUUUGUUCGAGAGCCAGUGGCUCAAGGAGUCUAAUAUCAGGAGCCCCGGUCAAGUAGUGGUAAAUAUCCAAGAAAGAGUCGAAACUAUCACCACCGAAAAGAUGGUUCCUGAGGAGCUGAUACCAGAGGUCCGGGAUCUGAUGAAGGCUCUGGAGCAGGGCAUGAGGGACAAUAUUCCUAAAAUAAGUCAGCUGACCAUUACGGAAAAGGCCACCACUGUCUCCAGGUCCAAGAGCAGCAGGAGAAGGCUCUAUGAGUUGGCAAGGCACAAGACCAGAUGGCACAGACACAGACCAGAGUGCUGUUGUUGUAAGGGCUAUGCCUGGAUUUCACCACGAAAGAUGACCUUACAGUUCUGCCUCUACUGGCCCUCCCUGUACUGGAAUGAUCGCUUUCAUGAGGACACUACUCUGACCAUCACAGUACCAGCUGUGUCCCGACGAGUGGAGGAGCUCUCACGGCCAAAGAAGUUAACUUUAGAGUGCCGAAAAAGGGCCAUGCAGAGCUCCCAGCCCACCACAGAAUACCAUCCUACCAACCGCCUGAAGAAACUGGCUGUCCCUAAGGUCCGUAAUAACGUUUGGACUAUUGACAUGUCUGAAUUAUCCAAGGUGUCCCGGGCAGCUCAGAUGGCAGUCCCUAGUGCACGGAUCCUGGACUUAGCAAAGCCUAAGGGCCCACCACCUGUAUCAGAAGAAUGGGACCCCAUGCCAAAGCCCAAGGCACAUAUGUCCAAUUAUAAUCGUCUUCUUCAGCUGGCUAUGCCCAAGGCUCAGUCAGAAAAAUGCAUCCCUGACAGAAGUCCUUGCUGGGAGGUUUUAGAUGGCACCAAGAAGGCAGUGGCCAGUGAGAGGAUCAUCACCCUAGCUCAGCCUAAGGUUCGAAAGGACAUCAAUGAGGGUUAUAACCCCUACCAUGUAUCUCCUGCCUCUCUAGUGGCUCAACCAUCCCCCCGUAUCUAUGAACUUGCUGUUCCCAAAAACAUUACCAAGAAAGUGUAGCAACCGUAUUCCAGCCUGCUCCAAUAA